AUGGGACGAACCGGCUCUUCUGUGUCCCUUGCCUCGACCGAAUACACCCGUACUUCUGACGGCAGUACCCCCGAUGUCUCUCAACCAUCCCUGCGGUCAGCAGGCCGGGUAGAGCUGGGAACGCCUUCCUCAACCGAUUCUCGUCCUCGUCCGCUUGCCAGCCGUGCCGUGAAUCGAGACAGAAUGCCCCCCCCUCCGCCGCCCAAGAGUCACCAUGGACGGCUCAUCAAUCCUAGUCCGGGCGCAACAUCUUCUCACUCCCAAUCUACUCCCGGUCAACCCUCCAGCCGAUUCUCCCUCCGUGGUACACCCUCAGAACCAUCGUACUCACCCCGUCUAGCCCAACCGGCGACGGACUACUUCUCUGGCGUGGAAACGAGCCGUUCCACCCAGUCAGCCCCAGUCGACGUGCUUCGUCGGAGCCAGUCGCAAUCCAAGCGGCCUCCGACCCCUCCAUUGAGCCGCCGACAUAGUCAGAUGCGGCGCUCAAAAACCACUUCCGCUAAAGUGAACCCGGUACGACUCUCCAUACCGCCAGAAGCAGACGCUACAGCUGCUGCUGCUUCUGUGGCCAUCCCGCCCCCGAGUCCGAGCUCGUGGUCCUUGCACCCCACCCGAACACGAGAUCCCCGCCUGGCCAGCACGCCAUCCGAGGAGUCGGUGCCGUCCUCGUCCUCCUCAAACCGCCUUUCACUACAGAUUGAUUCCCCCACCCCGUGGACCCCCAGGGAGCCUGGGCGGGCGGCCUCGCCCAGUCCCUCAACCAAGCGCGCCUCGCUCCAGAACCCCCCGCCUCCGCCACCGCGGCGCUCGCGCGGAUCCGGCAACCACAGUCCGGACAGUGUGCGCCGCAGCCUCCGGUCAAGUAAGCCACCGGUCGCCGCUGCGAAAGAUGACUAUAUUCCGCAUCCGUCGAACGCCAACGACAUUUUGGCGGAUCUCACCCGAUUACAGAAGGAGGUGGAUGACCUACGCGGUCACUACGAGAGUCGCAAGGCGAGUCAUUGA